GAAGGGACCGGCGUGCACGCGCCCUGUUCUUCUUCUCUCACCAAAGAAACCGUGUGCUCUCUCCCUCCCUCGCGCGCUCUGUGCUCGAGCCGUUCCUCCAUGCGCGCUCCCGCUCAGAGACAGGCUUCGGAGAGCUCGGACAGCAGACGGGCGAUAGCGGGGGAGAGAGAAAGAUGGAGGUGAGGGUCGGGGAAAGACUCCUGUACCUGGCUGUGCUGUCCAGCGUCUUCUGCGUCAGUUCAGUCCUCGGGAAAUACGUCAAAGGCAUCGUCAACACCAAAGAGGACUGGGUUUUCCUCACUCGCUUCUGCUUUCUCACUGACUUCGGACGCCUGGACUUCCGGUUUCGCUAUCCAAAGUCUCGCUGCUGUCAGAACAUAUUGCUCUACUUUGAUGACAGCUCUCAGUGGCCAGCUGUGUACAAGAGGCCUGAAAAGAACUGUUACCAGAAGGAAGCGGUGCUGAGGCCAGAGAACAACCAGGUCAUCAACCUCACAACACGCUACACCUGGUCAGGCUGUGUGGUGGAGGGAGAUGGGGACGAGGAGGUUCUGAGCUGCGUGGGCGGCCGUAGCUUCCGCUCAGUGAGGGAGAGAUGGUGGUACAUCGCUCUCAGCAAGUGUGGGGGCGAUGGCUUGCAGCUGGAGUACGAGAUGAAACUGACCAAUGGCCAGUCUUUCUGGACGCAGCAUUUCUCUGCAGAUGAGUUCGGUAUCCUGGAGACAGACAUCACGUUCCUGGUCAUCUUCUCCAUGGUGUUCCUCCUCUCCUGCUACUUUGCCUAUAAUCUAAAAGGAAGACAGCUUCUUCACACAACCUACAAAAUGUUUAUGACGGCGGCGGGUGUAGAGGUGCUCAGCCUGUUGUUCCACUGUGUCUACUGGGGCCUGUAUGCUCGAGACGGAGUCGGAAAUGGCAGUCUGAAAAUACUCGGGAAAUUACUGUUCUCUGUCAGUUUCUUGGUGUUCCUCCUGAUGCUCAUAUUGUUGGGCAAAGGUUUCACUGUCACCAGGGCGAGAAUCAGUCACAGCGGGUCGGUUAAGUUGAGCAUCUACAUGACCGUCUACACAAUCACUUACGUCAUCCUCUUCAUCUAUGAGGCAGAGUUCUUUGACCCAGGUGAAGUGCUGUAUGCCUACGACAGCCCCGCGGGCUACGGACUGAUGGGCCUGCAGCUGCUGGCCUACGUGUGGUUCUGCUACGCCGUGCUGGUCUCUCUGAAACACUACCCCGAGAAACAGCCCUUCUACGUCCCUUUCUUCACCACAUACACACUAUGGUUUUUUGCAGUGCCUGUCAUGGCUCUGAUCGCCAACUUUGGGAUUCCUCGUUGGGCCCGGGAGAAGAUCGUCAACGGCAUUCAGCUCGGCAUCCACCUCUACGCUCACAUCGUCUUCCUCGUUAUCACGCGACCUUCAGCAGCCAAUAAGAACUUCCCAUAUCAUGUUCGGACAUCGCAGAUUGGGAUCCUGCUGUCCAGUCCAAAAGGAGGCGAGGGGACGGAGAGCUUCCCCCAUCAUGCCUAUGGAAAUAGCUCCUUCCUGGGAGACUCUCAACCCAACUUCACUGAACUCUUCUCCAUUCAAUCAGAUCCAGUGAAGACGGUGGAGGAGACGGUGGCCCGCAAAGGACCCGAGGUGCCAAGGAACAGCGAGCAAAAGAUCAUCACCACUGCGGCUGACUUGACGUCAAUAUUGCCGCCACCUCCGCCUCCGAUACCCCCACGCCCGGCCGCACGCUCGCCCCCGCUGCCGCCCCGGCUCCCUUCCUUCACCGAGUAUUUCAGCAUGCAGAGCGGAGGAGGAGGAGGAGGAGGAGGGUUUGGGACGAAGGCAUGAGACAGAGAGAAAGACGGGGCGGAGGGCAGGACAGGGGGAGAGAACGGGGGGACAGCAUGACAAAACAAAGGAGGAGUCAAAGUGGAAGGUAUUACUGUGAAAGGACAAAAGGGAAAAAAGUUUGGAUGGACAAGGAGGAGGAGGAAUCUGUCAGAAAUGUUAAAUCUCUAAACGGUCCCUCUUCACCUGUGAAUGGGGGUGGGGGGAUGGGGGGGUUGAUGGCCGUGAAAAAGAGUGCUGAGCUUGUUAAAGAAUAAAGAAGCAAUAAAUAUUUGAUGCUGACCAGUAAAAGGCACAGAGGGAGAAAGAUGACAAAGUGGAUGUAGCCAGAGCAAUAGAAUGACAGCUGUGCACGAUGCGGAAAUGAACAAAAUUCUUGAAAUACUUUUAUUCAAAAAUUCAUGAGGCAUUGAUGGCGUGCCCGGAAGAGAUUGUAAAUAGCUAAGACUGGAGGGAGCUACAACUCUUUACUCUAUAUAGUUUUAUUUCUUAAAAAAGAAAAAGGGAAAAAAAAGAAAUUUGUUUUCAUUUUUUUUUUUCCCAUAUCAUUUAAUUCCAGUUGGUGCUGUGACCAUCAAAACAAUCUCAUGCCAUUAGAUUAAUCUUAAAAAAAAAGAGAGACUUUUUUUAUGUUUGACAUAUUUUGAUAAAGCAUAGAUAUUUACUCUAUAUGGAGUUUGUUGGGUUAAUUUAUAUUCUUAUAUGCCUUCAUUGCAGCUGGUUAUUCUGGAUUGAUAUGCUGAUGUGUAAAUGUAAAAUGUCACGUUUACUGUGGGCACUUCUAGGUACUCGUAAAAUACGCAUGUUUGUAUUGUAUUUUCCUCCCAAAAAGCUGAUUAUAUGUACUCCACGUGAACACACAAUAUGCGCUUAUUGUGUGUACUGAAAUCUUUUGUAAAUACAUACGACAGGCUUUAGUAUAUUUUUGACUGGACAAAUUCUGUUAAUUGUUAAUCCAUUCAAAACAGACUCGCGCUGACUGAAACACAAUGUAAAAACCAGUAUUAUACUUCAUUGGUUUCAGCUGAAUUUUCACUGGAGUGCAGAAUAUACAGUAUAUAUAUAUAAAAAAAGUCAUUUCUGUGUAUGUAGACGUUGGUGAAUGUACUGAUGCAAUACAGCACAAAGACUGGGGUGAGUUAGUAAGUUAGUGGAAUACUGCAGUACACCUUUGUCAAAUUUUCUCCUCUUGCUCUCUCUUUUAUGUCUUUAAACUAAAACACAUUAAUGAUUUAAGAUCAGGAGGAUUGGUUUUUUUUUUUGUUUUGUUUAGCACAAGUAACUUCAUCCUCACCCCUGUGCAGUACCUGAAACGUGGAUAUUUGUUGACUUUAUCUCACUUACAGGCUCAAGCUGUGCGAAAAGCUGAACAAAUAUUACCAGUUUCGUAUCACCUUACACUGAGCUAUGACAAAAAAUAAAUAAAUUAAUUUAAAAAAAAAAAAAAAAAAAAAAAAGCCUU